UGAGUGACAGAGAAGGAGAAAGAGGAACACGUGCGUACAGUGUUGUUUUCUCAUUCAUUAUAAAAGUUUUAACCUAUUUAGGGAACGAAUGUGCCGACAUAGUCGAGAAGAAAUAAAUUUGUUUUCUCAUUCUAUAUCAAUUAAUUUUUAUAAAAAAGAUGAGCAAAAGUAAUUUCUCUUUAAAGGAAGUAUUUGAGGUAGAAAGUAAACAUGGAGCAUUCUAUACUGGUGGGGAUAUACAAUGGAGCCAAUGUGGAGAAUAUUUAUUAUGCCAAAAAGGAGGUACUGUAUCUGUAUUGUCUGUUGAUAAUGGCUCUGUAGUAUCAUUAGGUCAAGUAGAUGCUAGUCAAGAAGAAGACAUAAUAAAUUCUUUUAUUCUUACUGAUGAUGAUAUAAAUGUAAUUACUCAUCACAAAAGUGGAUUAUUCAAAUUAUGGGAUUGGAAAGAUAAUAAAUUGUUAAAGUUAUGGAAAUCUAUUCACAAGGGACCUGUAACACAAUUAGCCCUUACAAAUGCAAAUCUAUUAAUGGCAUCUGGAGGAAGUGAUGGUACAGUUAGAUUGUGGGAUUUAUCAAACCAUGCCUGUACACAUAAUCUUAAAGGAAUUCAAGGAGUAGUUAGUGUACUAAAAUUUCAUCCAGAUCCUGACAGAAAUAUACUUUUUGGUACUGGUGAUGAUGUAAAGAUUCAUGGUUGGGAUAUCAUUAAUGGAGAAGAGAAAAUUACUCUUUCUGGCCAUUUUAGUAAAAUUACAUCUCUCAACUUUCACAAAGAUGGAAAUUAUUUAGUUAGUUCAGGGAGAGAUAAAGUGCUAAUUUUGUGGGACAUAUCAUCUGGAACAACAGUACGUGUCCUACCAGUAUAUGAAGGAAUAGAAGGAGCAUUUAUAAUAGACACUAAAACUCCUCUACCGACAUUUUCUCAACUAUGUAAAACUAGUGACAUAUAUGUUGCCUCAGCUGGUGAAAAAGGUAUCAUAAAAAUCUGGGAAAUGAGAACAGGGAGACUGAUGUACAAGCAAGAAAAUUCUUUGGUAUCAAUGGCUAAAGAAGAAGAAAGCUUAUCAAUUACACAUUUACUCUACAAUAAAUUCUGCAAUAAUUUUGCAGUAAUAUCUGUCGAUCAUAAUAUAAUUAUUCAUUCAUUAGAAUCUUUUGAAUGCAAGAAGCAGUUGGUGGGCUACGCAGAUGAGAUAUUAGAUGUCGUAUAUCUUGGAGCUAAUGACACUCAUAUAGCACUGGCAACCAACAGCUGCGACAUUAAACUUUAUGAUAUCGCAUCUAUGAAUUGUCAACUAUUGUGUGGCCAUACCGGCAUCGUCUUGGCCCUUGCUACGACUCCAGCGAAUGCGAAUUUGCUCAUUUCUGCGGCUAAGGAUAAGAGUGUUCGGGUAUGGUUGAUGGAUAAAGAAAGGACAAAAAUGUUUUGCAUUGGACACGCUGUUAGACAUACAGCAGCAGUUGGUUCCGUCGCCAUAUCUCAGGAGUCGAUCAAGUUUUUCGCUUCCGUCGCUCAAGAUACAUGUCUGAAAUUGUGGAAAUUGUCAAAUAAUUUGGAAUACAGUCAAGAAUUGCCAUUGAAUGUAAGUUACACUGUACAGGCGCAUGAGAAAGACAUCAACUGUGUAACUGUGUCGCAAAAUGAUAAACUGAUUGCUACAGCCUCGCAGGACAAAACCGCUAAGCUAUGGUCUGCCGAAAACUUGCAGAAACUCGGAGUGUUUCACGGCCAUCGGAGAGGCGUAUGGUGCGCCCGAUUCUCCCCAUUUGAUCAAGUACUCUUGACAACGUCCGCCGAUUGUACAAUGAAAUUAUGGUCUUUGACCGAACUCAAUUGUUUGAAGACAUUAGAAGGACACGAGUCCUCAGUUCUUAGAGGAGAGUUCUUGUCGCGCGGUAUGCAACUGAUUACAGCGGGCGGAGACGGUCUUCUAAAAUUAUGGAACAUCAAAACAUCUGAAUGCAUAUCUACUUUGGAUCAACACAAGAGUCGUGUUUGGACUCUUGCGGUUACCAAAGAUCAGAAACAUAUCAUCAGCGGAGAUAACGACUCAUUGCUGGUGAUUUGGAAAGACGUAACUGAAGAGAAGAGAGAGCAAUCUGCGAAGGAAAAGGAGCAACGUGAACUCGAUGAACAGACACUAAUGAAUUUAUUGCAAUCCGAAGAGCUCCACGGUGCGUUGCUACUAGCGCUGAAGUUGGAUAAACCGUACAAAAUUUUUAAGAUCGUUGAAGCUCUAUUAAAAGGAGGAAAUGACAGGCUCACAGGUACAAUUAAGUCUUUAAAUUCAGAAUACAAGGAAAAGUUAUUCAGAUGUGCAAUGACGUGGAAUACAAACAGUCGAAAUUCACAUAUCGCGCAGGUGAUUAUCAAUGUCUUCAUGAUGGAGAUCGGCGCUGAACAGCUGUGGACUUCGGGUUUUUCUUCAAUUUUAGAAGGCAUGAUACCUUAUACUGAUAGACAUUUCAAUAGAUUAACAAAACUUUUACAAGAUGUCCAUUUGUUAGAAUACACAGUCAAUCGUAUGAAACCUGACAUUCGGGGAGACGCUAUUGGCGCUACUAAUACGCUAUCUCGGAAGGAAUAGUAUUCAUAGUACAUAUUUAUUAUGACAUGCAACGCUUCGAUUAUGACGUUUUGGUAGCGUUUAUUUUAGCAUAUAUUUAGUUCCACAAAUAGCCUGUGGUGCUAAAUAACGCUAAUAGCGUCUCCCCGAAUGCAUCCGAUAUCGUAUAACUUAAUA